AAUGAUUCUUUGCCUAGUGUUGUUAAAUCUCUUUUGCAGGACUUCAAGGAUGUGUUUCCAGAUGACGUUCCUAAUGGCUUACCACCAAUAAGAGGAAUCGAGCAUCAAAUUGACUUCAUUCCUGGUGCAACAAUUCCAAACCAACCAGCAUAUUGAAGCAAUCCCAAUGAGACGAAAGAACUUCAAAGGCAGAUCGAAGAACUCAUGAAAAAGGGACAUGUGAGAGAAAGCAUGAGUCCAUGUGCAGUUCCAGUGCUACUUGUGCCUAAGAAGGAUGGGACUUGGCGUAUCUGCGUUGAUUGUCGCGCAGUCAACAAAAUCACUGUAAAGUAUCGUCACCCUAUUCCUAGAUUAGAUGACAUGUUAGAUGAGUUGCAUGGUUCUUGCAUAUUCACUAAAAUUGAUUUAAAGAGUGGGUAUCAUCAGAUUAGGAUGAAGGAAGCCAACAAAGGCCGCAAGAAAGUUGUGUUUGAACCUGGAGAUUGGGUUUGGGUGCAUAUGCGGAAAGAGCGAUUCCCUGCACAAAGGCAUUCUAAGUUGCAGCCAAGAGGCGAUGGACCAUUUCAAGUGAUUGCAAGGAUAAACGAUAAUGCAUACAAGUUGGAGCUUCCUGGUGAGUAUAAUGUUAGUGCUACUUUGAAUGUUUCUGAUAUUUCUCCUUUUGAUACAGGUGACGAUUUGAGGACAAAUCCUUUUGCGGAGAGAGGGAAUGAUGGGAAUCAAGAUGACCCCACAUGUACCACGUCAAGAGAUCCAUUACACAUUCCAGGAGGUCCAGUCAUGAGAGCUAGAGCUAGGAAGAUGCAAGAAGCUUUAAAUGGCCUUAUUGAGCAGAUCUGGGUUGAUAACAACAUGCAAGAAUUAAAUCGAAGCUUGGAUGAUUAUCAAGCCAUGAUAAACAUUAUUCAGAAUUACUUUUCCCCAUUUAAAGGGGCUUGUAACCCUAAUUGGGAGGGUAUUGAAUCUGAGAUUUUGAGAGACUUUUCUCUUCGGUGUGGCGUCAACCAACUUUAUACCUCUGGUUCUUGUUGCGUCAUAGACAACGGGUCAAGGGAUGGUCCGGCUCCAGUAGCACUAGCAUCAAUGUUUGCUUUGUCUAAUUUAGCAUUUGUGCUUCCAUCCAUUGUGUUCUUUGUUGCAUUGUCUCCUACAGCUAUUGUGCCUGAGUUUGUCUCCUUUAACUCCUCAAUACUCUCACUAUUCUCCAUCCCUACAAAGAGGCAUAACAUAAGAAUAAGUGAUGGGAAUCAAGACGACAGCAUAUCUACCACAUCAUGUGAUCCAUUACACACCCAAGGAGGUCCAGUCACGCGAGCUAGAGCUAAGAAGAUGGGUGAAGCUUUAAAUGGCCUUAUUGAGCAGAUCUGGGUUGAAAACAACAUACAACAAGCAAAUCGAAACUUGGAUGAUUAUCAAGGCAUGAUAAACAUCAUUCAGCAUCAAGAUGAAGAUUCCUCCAUUUGCAAAAAUGAUCCAGAUGUGUACUUGGAGUGGGAAAAGAAUGUGGAAUUGGUGUUUAAUUGCCAUAACUACUCUAAGGAGAAAAAGGUGAAACUAGCAGCGGUGGAAUUUACUGAUUACGCUGUGGUGUGGUGGGAUCAGCUUGUGCUUAGUCGACGUAGAAAUCGAGAGCAUCUUGUUGACACUUGGGAAGAGAUGAAGGCUGUGAUGAGAAAACGGUUUGUUCCUAGUCACUACUACCGCGAUCUCUAUCAACGAUUACAGGGCCUUACUCAAGGGUCCAGAAGCGUUGAGGAUUAUCACAAGGAGAUGGAAAUCACAACGGUCAGAGCGAAUGUCGAAGAGGAUAGAGAAGCAACAAUGGCACGGUUUCUGCAUGGUUUAAAUCGUGAUAUAGCUAAUGUGGUGGAGCUGCAGCAUUAUGUGGAAUUGGAAGAUAUGGUGCAUAUGGCAGUGAAAGUAGAACGGCAACUCAAGCGUGAAGGAGCCACUAGCAGAACUGGGCAAAAUUCAGGAAGCGAAACCGAGGACAGGGAAACCACGAGAAGUGACGAGUUCGAAAGCUAACCAUUUCGAGAUUUGAUAUAGAUUUUAGAAAUAAAUCAUGAUCUUGUAAACUGGAUUUUAAUUGGAGAUUUUAUAAAUUCAUUGAAUGGAU